AUGAAGAAAAUAGUUAUCCAGAUGCAUAUGGGAAAUGAUAAAUGCAGAAGCAAAGCUAUGAAAAUAGCUGCAGCUUUUCAAGGUGUGGUUUCAGUGUCAUUAGAAGGAGAAAACAGAGAUCAAGUAGUAGUAACUGGAGAUCAAAUAGAUUGUGUUUGUUUGGCUAAAAAGUUGAGAAAGAAAUUUUGUUAUGUUAAUCUUCUAAGUGUUGAAGAUGAAAAGACUUCCACUACUAGUAAUGAGGGUGGUGAAGCUGGUGAAGAACAAAAAGAUGUUGAAAUAAGUACCACAUCAUUGGAAAAGUUAUCUUGUUGUGAGCAAAGCUAUCAUCCACCUUGUACCCCUUAUUACAUAGUUUAUGAUCCAUAUCCUAUUAGUUGCUAUUGGAAUAGGUUAGAUCAACUAACAGGAGUCUAUGAUCUUGUUUACGUGGAUCCGGGUCAGGAAGCUAAAUUUUCCAUCCUUGAAAAUUAUCGCGUUGCGGAUCAACCAAAUAUGCCAACACGUAGCAAGCCAAAUAACUCCAAUAAUCUUCCUUUUAGCUGUGGAGUGCACCUUAUCGGAGAUGAAAGGGAAAGUGAUGAAAUCCACCAACGAGAAAUCCGUAAUGCAACCUAA